AUGGAUCUUUCAACACCAUAUUGUGGCGAGCUAGCUUCGCCUGGCUGGUUUCAGCCAACUCUUUCAGUGCUGAUCAUCAUCGGAAUCCUAAUCUCCUACCUCCCUCAACACAUCCGCAUCAUCUCCCGACGAAGCUCCUUCGGAAUCUCUCCAUACUUCGUCCUCCUAGGUACGACGUCGGGCACCUCCGCCUUUGCGAACAUCCUCGUUUUCCCCAAGACCGCCGCAGAUGUCGCCUGUUGCCAGGAAAUUAGUGGGCUUGCUUGCUUCGCUGGGCUACUAGGCGUGUUCCAGAUGGGCAUGCAGUGGCUUUGCUUCUUCUCUAUCCUACUUCUCUUCGUGAUCUACUUCCCUCGCGCGACCUCACCCACAGAUCCUACAUACUCGGUAUCCUCAACCUCGGAUGGGCCUACAUAUCGUACCGCGCUGGCAAUCACCGCGAUCUGUCUUCUCCACGCCCUGGCGACUGUCAUAAUCUCCGUCGCGUUCGCCAUCCGCCAGCCCUCCGCCCUCCACGCCUGGGCGAACUUCCUCGGAAUUCUUGCCGCUAUCUUGGCUUCGAUUCAGUAUUUCCCCCAGAUCUACACUACCUACCGACUGCGCUGUGUGGGCAGCUUGAGCAUCCCGAUGAUGUGCAUUCAAACACCCGGGAGCUUGGUCUGGGCAGCAAGCUUAGCUGCUCGUGAGGGUGCCAAGGGCUGGAGUAUCUGGGGUGUAUUGCUGGUCACAGCUUCCUUACAAGGGACGCUUUUGGUGAUGGCGAUCUACUUUGAAUACUUCGGGCCUGACAGCAAGCGGAAGACGGUCUACCAGGCUGAUCAGGAUGGCUACAUCAACGGCGAUGGGCCUGAUAGCUCGGACAGACAUGUGUCUGCGCAAGAACCGAUCUAUGCAGAGCGACCCACGGAGGAAACUCCGUUGCUUCAAAGCCAGUAA